AUGGCAGACGCGCCCCCGGCCAAGACCAAGACAUCCAAGGCCGGUGCCAGUGGAGAGGGCGACAAGAAGCGCUUCGAGGUCAAGAAGUGGAAUGCCGUUGCUCUCUGGGCCUGGGAUAUCGUCGUCGACAACUGUGCCAUUUGCCGCAACCACAUCAUGGACCUGUGCAUUGAGUGCCAGGCCAACCAAGCUUCGGCAACUAGCGAAGAGUGCACGGUAGCCUGGGGUAUCUGCAAUCACGCCUUCCACUUCCACUGCAUUUCACGAUGGCUCAAGACGCGACAGGUCUGCCCGCUCGACAACAGAGACUGGGAGUUCCAAAAGUACGGCCGAUAG